AUGGCUAACUCGCGUGCUUUUUCCGAUCUGAAAUCUGGGCAGUGCUCAUCCGUUGUAGAGGCCAGACUGCUUCGAUUCUGGGAGGCUAGGAAUGUUAAGUGUGGUGGGGAGAUUAAGUGGAUGGAUUUGCUCAUGGUGGAUGUUAAGGCAACCAUGAUGCAAGUGACGAUCAGUUCAAGCCGUCUCCCACAAUACCGGGAGAGACUCAUUGUCGGAACAAUGUUUUUCGUGUCCGGUUUUGAUGUCUCUAGAUGUGCACAGAGCUUCCGGCUCACGGAGUCUUCUCUGUUGAUCAGGUUCAACGAGAACACCACUUUUGAGGAGAUAACUGAUCAUGUAUCCCCCUUGCCCGAGGAAGCAUUUCGGUUUCGUAACCAGUCUGAGAUGAUUGGUUUAGCCAAAACAAACACUCAAUUUCCAGGUACAUUGCUCCCAGUUGACACGUGA